GGUAGGGUUGUUUAUUUUCAAACCCUCUCUCCAGCAACGCAACUGCACACCAGGUAUAGAGCCAAGAGUGAGUCGGAUCAGUUGUCAAGCAAGUCAGGCCACAGUCCAGCUCCAGCCUCUUGCUUCCUGCAUUCAAAUAGAACAAAAUGCGACGCGGUAGGAAGAACAGAACAAGCUCAAGAAAACCUAAUGACGCUUCUGCCUCCAGCAAUUUUGUUCCUCCUUCUCAAGAACAAAUUUGCUAUGAAGGUGAAAGUCUUGCUCAGCUCAUCAAAUCCAUCCAGAGAGAAAUGGAAUCAGCUAGACUUUUGGACACAACUUUACCUCACAAAAUAUGGAUUAAGCAACAAUUUUCUGUUGGGGUUAAUGAUGUCACACGUGUACUUGAACGCAUGCCCCCAGUUGCUGUGAAGGAAAGCUCUACUGGACACCCUUUUACAAGCCAAAGUUAUCGCAGUAAAGCUCCCCCAAUUCAGCUCCAGGCCAUACUACUAGCUUCUGAUUGCAAUCCACGAUGGCUGACGAGGCAUCUGCCAAGCAUGGCCUCAUCAAGAAAGGUACCUCUGAUCUUUGUGAAGGAUAAGAAAGGGGGUUCCGUAAGAUUAGGUGAAUUGGUUAAGUUAAAAACAGCAAUUGCCAUUGGAGUUAAGGUACGGAAGUCACUACUUAGAGAAUGAGAUCUAAUCAUCAUGUUAAAGGAAAUGCCAUCAACCAGUGUAUUGAGGAGAUUCUUCAUGGCAACGAAAUAAAUUUUGGAUAAGAUUGCAUGAGCUCAACUGAGAUGCAUGGAACACACGGCCCCUAACCAUGGUUUUGACAGACAGCAGCUUAUCAAUGAAUAGGCAGGAGACAGACAUUAAUGAGAGAACCAGCAAUGGAUUCAUGCAGCUUUCAUAGUGAUGCUCAUAUAUUUUCCCUUGUACUGAAUACAACAAGCUCUCAAAUCACAUUUCACCAACUAUUGGCAUGGUUGAAUGUUGUGGGCCUUCUCAAUGUUAUAUUCACCACCUGUUGCAAAUGAAAUUAUGUUUUCACCUUUUUGUCAGAUUAUACAAUCAGAACAUUAGUUACUUGAAGCUAAUGGCAGUUUGAUGUCUGUUUUAGUGAAUUGCAAUGUUUUGUUGAACGGGCAAGUUCAAGGUAUAUUAUAGAAUGAGAUGCUACUACUACACA